GCGUGCAUGCUCAUCAGGUCCCUUUAGCAGGAUAAUCUGGGGUUUGGAGUCUGCAGGCCUAAAUGACCUUUAGGAUUUUACCAAGCGCACUUGCCGACACUCCCUCACAUUCUGCUGAGAGUCAUCAAUUAUGCAGGGAAGCUGCUGCUCGCUCUGAGGGGGGAAGAGAGCAGCAACAAUAUGGCGACAACCGCAGUUUCUCCCCGAUCUUUCCCACAUCUGCAGUCCUGCAACGACUCUCCGGAUUCCCUGUAACCCUUACAGAAGCUGCUACUGUGGAUGGUACAAACCUAAUGACCAAGUAGUUGCAGGAUGAAAACAUGGCUGCACCCCUUCUUGCACCGCCAGGACCUGAUAGCUUCAAGAAGUUUACGAGGGAAUCUUUGGUGGUCCUUGAGCAGCGCAUCACAGAGGAGAAGAACAAGAAGCCACCCAAGCAGGACAGCAGCUACCGAGAUGAUGAUGACGAGAACAAGCCCAAACCCAACAGUGACCUGGAGGCCGGGAAGAGCCUGCCCUACAUCUAUGGGGACCCGCCUAAAGGAAUGGUGGCGGUACCCCUGGAUGAUCUGGAUCCGUACUACCUGAAGACUCAGAAAACCUUUAUAGUGCUGAAUAAAGGGAAGACAAUCUUCCGUUUUAGUGCCACACCUGCCUUGUACUUCAUAAGUCCUUUCAAUCCGGUUAGGCGAAUAGCUAUUAAAAUUUUGAUACAUUCUCUUUUCAGCAUGAUCAUUAUGUGUACUAUUUUGACCAACUGUAUAUUCAUGACGUUUAGUGAUCCUCCCGAGUGGUCAAAACAAGUAGAGUACACGUUCACAGGAAUUUAUACAUUUGAGUCUCUUGUAAAAAUCACCGCUCGUGGAUUCUGUAUAGACAACUUUACAUUCCUAAGAGAUCCAUGGAACUGGCUGGAUUUCAUGGUGAUUUCGAUGGCAUAUAUAACAGAGUUUGUGGACCUGGGCAAUGUAUCUGCGCUGAGAACGUUCAGAGUUCUCCGAGCAUUGAAAACUAUCUCUGUCAUUCCAGGCCUGAAGACCAUCGUUGGCGCCCUGAUCCAGUCUGUGAAGAAGCUCUCGGAUGUGAUGAUCCUGACCGUCUUCUGCUUGAGCGUCUUUGCCCUGAUUGGUCUCCAGCUCUUCAUGGGCAACCUGCGCCAAAAGUGUGUGGUGUGGCCAAUCAACCUCAACGAAACGUACCUGAACAACGGCAGCAAGGGCUUUGACUGGAAUGAGUACAUCAACAACGAAACCAAUUUCUACUUCCUGCCUGGCCAACUGGAUGCUCUUCUCUGUGGGAACAGUUCAGACUCUGGCAACUGCCCAGAGGGCUACACAUGCAUGAAAGCUGGGAGGAAUCCAAACUACAACUACACCAGCUUUGACAGUUUUGGCUCCUUCCUGGCACUCUUCCGACUCAUGACACAGGAUUUCUGGGAAAACCUUUACAUGCUGACGCUGAGAGCAGCAGGGAAGACCUACAUGAUCUUCUUUGUCUUGGUGAUCUUUGUGGGCUCGUUCUACUUGGUGAAUCUGAUUCUGGCUGUGGUCGCCAUGGCGUAUGAAGAGCAGAACCAAGCCACCAUGGAAGAGGCUGCUCAAAAGGAGGAAGAGUUCAAGGCUAUGCUGGAGCAGCUGAAGAAGCAGCAAGAAGAGCAGACUGCCCCCCCUGCAACCUCUGCUGGCACUGUGUCAGAAGAUGCAGUAGAGGAUGAUGGAGGAGGGCGUCUGUCUGUCAGCUCCUCUGAGAUGUCAAAGCUCAGCUCAAAGAGUGCCAAAGAGCGCCGCAACCGUAAAAAGAAGUGGCGCCAGAAGGAGCAGGAGAAGGAGAAGGGCGACAGCGAGAAGUUUGUCAAGUCAGAGUCGGAUGACGGCAGCAAGAGGAGCCGCUUCCGUUUCCCUGACAAUCGCCUGGGUCGAAAGUCUUCCAUUAUGAACCAGUCCCUUCUCAGCAUUCCUGGUUCGCCCUUCCUCUCCCGCCACAACAGCAAAAGCAGCAUCUUUAGUUUCAAGGGCCGCAGUAAGGACAUGGGCUCUGAGACGGAAUUUGCUGAUGACGAGCACAGUACGGUGGAGGAGUGCGAGGAGCGGCGCGGCUCCCUCUUCAGCCCCUACCGGCGGAACAGCUACACCGGCUUCCACGGCAAGAGGAACAGCACCGUGGAUUGCAAUGGAGUGGUGUCACUCAUCGGCCCCGGGCCCGGUGGACGCCUUCUGCCUGAGGUGAAAAUAGAUAAGGCAGCUUCUGACGACAGUCCAACUACUGAGGUUGAGGUGAAGAAGAAGCUGUCGGGCUCCCUGAUGGUGUCUGUGGACCAGCUCAAUACCUCCUUUGGGCGGAAAGAGCGGGCCAACAGUGUCAUGAGCGCCAUUACCAACACACUAGCGGAGGAACUGGAGGAGUCUCAGCGCAAGUGUCCACCGUGCUGGUAUAAGUUUUCUAACACAUUCCUGAUUUGGGAAUGCUCCCCUGUAUGGAUUAAGAUCAAGGAGAUUGUAAACCUGAUAGUCAUGGAUCCCUUCGUGGACUUGGCCAUCACUAUCUGUAUCGUCCUCAACACCCUUUUCAUGGCCAUGGAGCACUAUCCUAUGACGUCUGACUUUGAGGACAUGCUAUCUGUAGGAAAUCUGGUGUUCACAGGGAUCUUUGCAGGAGAGAUGCUUUUCAAGCUUGUGGCUAUGGAUCCAUACUACUACUUCCAGGAGGCCUGGAACUGCUUCGAUGGAUUCAUCGUGACUCUGAGUUUAGUGGAGCUGGCUCUGGCUGACGUUGAAGGCCUCUCUGUGCUGCGGUCCUUCCGAUUGCUGAGGGUGUUUAAGCUAGCCAAGUCCUGGCCCACUCUCAACAUGCUGAUCAAGAUCAUUGGUAACUCUGUAGGAGCCUUGGGAAACUUGACUCUGGUGCUGGCCAUCAUCGUUUUCAUCUUCGCCGUGGUGGGCAUGCAGCUGUUUGGAAAGAGCUACAAGGACUGUGUGUGUAAGAUCGCUGCCGACUGUGAGCUUCCCCGCUGGCACAUGAACGACUUCUUCCAUUCGUUUCUCAUCGUCUUCCGGGUGCUGUGUGGUGAGUGGAUUGAGACCAUGUGGGACUGCAUGGAGGUGGCAGGCCAGGCAAUGUGCCUCAUCGUUUUCAUGAUGGUCAUGGUCAUUGGUAACUUGGUGGUGUUGAACUUGUUCCUUGCCUUGCUGCUGAGCUCAUUCAGCGCCGACAACUUGGCUGCAACAGAUGACGACGGUGAACCCAACAAUCUGCAGAUUUCUGUCAUGCGCAUCAAGAAAGGCAUUGCAUGGUUUAAAGCAAAAAUGCGAAUUCUGGUGGCGAGUCUACUGAGGAAACCACCAAUGGAGGAUGAGCAAAAGCCUCUGGAUGACAUGUACGACAAGAAGGUGAACUACAUCGGUAAUCACACGGGGGUGGACAUCAACCGUGACCUGGAUUACGCCAAGAACGGUAAUGGCACCACCAGUGGAAUCGGCAGCAGUGUGGGCAAGUAUAUGAUCGACGAGGACCACAUGUCGUUCAUCCACAACCCCAAUCUGACGGUGUGCGUGCCUAUAGCCGUGGGAGAGUCUGACUUUGAGAACCUCAACACAGAGGACUUCAGCAGUGAGUCAGACAUUGAAAACAGCAAAGAGCUGGACGACACCAGCUCUUCGGAGGGUAGCACCAUCGACAUCAAACCAGACGUAGAGGAGGUGGUGGUGGUGGAGACGGUGGAGGAAUACAUGGAGCCAGAGCCAUGUUGGACAGAUGCCUGUGUGGCCAAGUAUAAAUGCUGUGAUGUGGAUAUCACGCUGGGCUGGGGGAAGAGCUGGUGGUUCCUCAGGAAAACCUGCUACCUGAUAGUGGAACACAACUGGUUUGAGACCCUCAUCAUCUUCAUGAUCCUCCUCAGUAGUGGUGCCUUGGCUUUUGAGGACGUGUACAUUGAGAAGAAGAAGACCAUUCGGAUCAUUUUGGAGUACGCCGACAGGGUUUUCACCUACAUCUUCAUCCUGGAGAUGUUGCUAAAGUGGGUUGCCUAUGGCUUUGUCAAGUAUUUCACCAAUGCUUGGUGUUGGCUGGACUUCUUCAUUGUGGAUGUGUCUAUAGUCAGCCUUGUAGCUAAUGCGCUGGGCUACUCCGAUCUAGGGCCCAUUAAAUCACUCAGGACACUAAGGGCCUUGAGACCCCUCAGAGCCUUGUCACGUUUUGAAGGGAUGAGGGUGGUAGUCAACGCCCUGGUGGGUGCCAUCCCUUCCAUUAUGAAUGUGUUGCUGGUUUGCCUCAUCUUUUGGCUGAUUUUUAGUAUCAUGGGGGUCAACUUGUUUGCGGGGAAGUACUACUACUGUUACAACGAGACGUCAGAGGAGUACUUUCCUGUGGACGUGGUCAACAACAGGACUCAGUGUUUUGCGCUUAUUAACGACAACAACACUGAGGUCAGGUGGAAGAACGUCAAGAUCAACUUUGACAAUGUGGGCGCCGGCUACCUUGCUUUGUUGCAAGUGGCCACAUUCAAAGGAUGGAUGGACAUUAUGUACGCUGCUGUGGAUUCCAGAGGGGUGGAAGACCAGCCUGAUUAUGAGGUCAACAUCUAUAUGUACAUCUACUUUGUUGUCUUUAUCAUAUUUGGGUCCUUCUUCACCCUCAACCUCUUCAUUGGUGUGAUCAUUGACAACUUCAACCAGCAGAAGAAAAAGUUUGGAGGUCAGGACAUCUUCAUGACAGAGGAACAGAAAAAAUACUACAAUGCAAUGAAGAAACUAGGGUCCAAAAAGCCCCAAAAACCCAUUCCGCGACCACAAAACAAGGUCCAGGGCUUGGUGUUUGAUUUUGUGACACAGCAAGUCUUUGACAUCUCCAUCAUGAUACUAAUUUGCCUCAACAUGGUCACCAUGAUGGUGGAAACAGAUGAUCAGUCAGAACAAACAGAAAAUGUUCUCUACUGGGUCAACUUCAUCUUUAUUGUAGUCUUCACCACAGAGUUCCUGCUGAAGCUCUUUGCUCUGCGCCACUAUUACUUCACAAAUGGUUGGAACAUCUUUGAUGUGGUGGUCGUCAUCCUGUCAAUUGUUGGCAUGUUUCUGGCUGACCUCAUUGAGAAGUACUUUGUGUCACCAACCUUGUUCAGGGUGAUCAGGUUGGCUCGUAUCGGCCGUAUCCUUCGUCUCAUCAAAGGAGCGAAGGGGAUCCGAACCUUACUCUUUGCCCUGAUGAUGUCCUUGCCAGCUCUGUUCAAUAUUGGCCUGCUUCUCUUCUUGGUCAUGUUCAUUUUCUCCAUCUUCGGCAUGUCCAACUUCGGCUACGUGAAACACGCAGCAGGCAUUGAUGACUUGUAUAACUUUGAAACUUUUGGAAACAGCAUGAUCAUCCUGUUUAUGAUCACCACAUCAGCUGGCUGGGAUGGUUUAUUACUGCCAAUCCUCAACUACCCGCCGGACUGCGACCCACUUUUGGAAAAUCCUGGUACAUCAGUGAAGGGUGACUGUGGCAACCCCUCAGUAGGAAUCUUCUUUUUUGUCAUGUACAUAAUCAUUUCUUUCCUGAUCGUGGUUAACAUGUACAUUGCCAUCAUCCUGGAGAACUUCAGUGUGGCCACAGAGGAAAGCGCUGAUCCGCUCAGCGAGGAUGACUUUGAGACCUUCUAUGAGAUCUGGGAGAAGUUUGAUCCAACUGCCUCGCAGUUCAUCAGUUUUGCCAAGCUGCCUGACUUUGCUGACGCUUUGGAGCACCCACUUCGUGUGCCAAAGCCCAACACGAUUGAACUAAUUGCCAUGGACAUGCCCAUGGUGAGCGGUGAUCGCAUUCACUGCUUGGACAUCCUGUUUGCCUUUACAAAACGUGUGCUCGGUGACAGUGGUGAGUUGGACAUGCUGAGGACGCAGAUGGAGGAGCGUUUUGUGGCGGCCAAUCCCUCCAAGGUGUCAUACGAACCCAUCACCACCACCCUCCGCCGCAAACAGGAGGACGUCUCUGCCAGAACCAUCCAGAACGCCUACCGUGCUCACCUCAUCAGGCGCGGCAUCAUUUUCAAGCGCCACAUUUUGUCCAGUAAUAAGCUUGAAAACGGUGGGACCAACCAAGACAAGAAGGACAGCACACCUUCCACUGCCUCUCUCCCUUCAUACGACAGCGUGACCAAACCUGACAAAGAGAAGCAGGACAAAAACAAAGAGGAGUGGUCCAAGAAAGAGAAGGACAAAAACCAGAAAGAUGAAUGGGAAUCAAAGUGUUAGGAUCCAGUGACUCAAAAAUCCAAUAAAACACGACAAGAUGAUAUGAGACUCUGAGCCCAGACACCCAACAAAUGUAGAAAUCAUGAAGAUAAAACAACAAAAACACACAAAACAUGUUUACAUACUCAAAUACUGCUGAGGCAAUGUGGUUUCCUACGUCGUCAAAGACAGCUGAACCAAACACAAUCAGUUUACCGUGGAACUCUUGCUGCAUAGCGACAAGUUCGUAGAGAUGGGGAGUAAAAACAAAUAAAUAAAUAAUUAUAAUAAAAACAGAAAAAAAAACAGUAACUCAAAGUGUGCUGGCCAGUGGAACACAUUUCCUAUGGGGACCAACAGAAAUCACUGCUAAAAGUAUUGUGAAGAACCUGCUUCCACCACGAGUGGAAUCCCGCUGCCAAGCUCCACAGCUACGGGACCGGAUCACAUCAAUCCCUAAAGAACUGUAAUACAGUCUAAAUGUGGGUCUGUCAUGUUGAGUUUGCCAUCUCUUCAAGAUGAAAACAAUAAUCAAACAAGAAGGUUUAGAUGUGAGGAGGGAAACCCGACCAUAAACAGAUUAUUUUUGUCCUGUUUGUGCAGAUUAAACUCACAUCUUUACAUUAUUUGAGCAGCAAAAAAAGGGUAAAAUUUAGCUCAUGACACUUAUCUUUUCCUCCUCUCUUUGUAAUACUGACAUUCAAAAAGACAUUUUUCUACACGGGCUGUCAUGCUGAGCAGGUACGGGUCAUUGGUCAGAGUUUUCACUUGGGCUGUAGGGAACUUGCUCUGUCAGAGUUCAAGAUAAAUAAUAAUUUUUGUGCUUGUUAAAUGCAUAGAAAUGACUUGCAUGAAGGCAUGUUUUGAUCAGGAGUCAUGCAUGAGUAAUCAUAGUCCACAAGACACAAAUUCUCAGACCACUGCAGUGGCUUGACUAUAGGUCUGAGGCUGUUCACUAGGAGAAAUGGUUAAAGCAGAUUUUAGAUGAUGGUUUAGAAAACAUCUGGUAAUAAUAAUUACAAGAUCCUACCCUCACUGCCUAAUUAUAUAAAUAUGAGCACUCAGUCGGAUCAGCCAGCAAUGCAACAGAAAAGUGUUAUUUUGCUGCUUUGAAUGUUGAUAGCAUAGAAGAAGCGUGGAGUGUGUGAGUAUUAGAAAUCAGAACAUCCUCACGUUGAGGAUGCUUAGAUUUGGACGGCUGUGUUAGUAGUUCUGAACCAAAUCUGAGGCUUAGAUCUCUUUGUUUACUUACAGCCAUCUAAACAUUAUGUUUCCUACUUGCCUCUGGUCCUGCAAAAAGAGCAGGUGAUGUUUCACGCCAAGGAAUCCACAUCUGGAACCAGUAAGAACUCAACAUGAUCUGUAGGUAUCCCACCUGCUGCAGAAGGG